GCUAUACCCCACCACCCCUCACUACAAAACAUACCCGGGAUUCUCUCCUAGUGUAUGCCAGUAGUCUGAUCUGUUUUCGGAAUUGUGAAUUUGUUACCCCAGCGAGCAUUUUCACACCACAAAGAUGCAGGUCGAUCUUUCCAACGCGCAGGUGAUGAAGGAUGAAUCGGGCAGGCCGUUCAUCAUUGUCAGAGAUCAGGGCAAGAAGCAGAGGCAGCACGGCAACGAUGCGGUCAAGUCCCACAUUCUCGCGGCCAAGACGGUCGCGAACAUCGUCAAGAGCUCUCUGGGACCGCGAGGACUCGACAAGAUCCUAAUUUCGCCCGACGGAGACAUCACAGUCACAAACGACGGCGCUACUAUUCUCUCGCAGAUGGAGAUCUCCAACCACGUCGCGAAGCUGCUAGUCGAACUUUCCAAAUCACAAGAUGACGAGAUUGGUGACGGAACAACUGGUGUUGUAGUGUUGGCGGGCGCGCUCCUCGAGCAGGCAGCGGACCUCAUCGACAAGGGCAUCCACCCCAUCAGGAUAGCAGACGGUUACGACCAGGCUUGCGAGGUUGCCGUGGCCAAGCUCGACGAGGUCAGCGACGAGAUCAACUUCUCCAAGGACAACACGGAAGAGCUGUUCAAGGUCGCAAAGACAAGUUUGGGCAGCAAGAUCGUUUCCAAGGCGCACGACCAGUUCGCCAAAAUCGCCGUAGAUGCCGUGCUUUCGGUCGCGGAUCUCGAGCGGAAAGACGUCGAUUUCGAGCUUAUCAAGGUUGACGGCAAGGUUGGUGGGUCGCUCGAAGACACAUUACUUGUCAAGGGUGUCAUAAUAGACAAGGACUUUUCGCAUCCCCAGAUGCCGUCGGAAGUCAAGGACGCCAAACUCGCCAUUCUCACAUGCGCAUUCGAGCCACCGAAGCCCAAGACCAAGCACAAGUUGGACAUCACCACCGUGGAGGAGUUCAAGAAGCUGCAAAACUACGAGUCGAACAAGUUCACCGAGAUGAUUGAGCAGAUCAAGAACACGGGCGCCAACGUAGUAAUAUGUCAGUGGGGUUUCGACGACGAGGCCAACCACCUUCUCCUCACAAACAAGCUGCCCGCUGUACGGUGGGUAGGAGGCCCAGAGAUCGAGUUGAUCGCCAUCGCAACCAACGGACGCAUCGUUCCCCGCUUCGAGGACCUCAGCGCGGAGAAGCUAGGAAAGGCUGGCAUCGUCCGGGAACUGACCUUCGGAACCACCCGCGACAAGAUGCUGGUAAUCGAGGAGUGCGCAAACACGAGGGCUGUCACAGUCUUCGUUCGCGGUAGCAACAAGAUGAUCAUCGACGAGGCCAAGCGGUCACUACACGAUGCUCUCUGUGUCGUCCGAAACCUGGUUCGCGACAGCCGUAUCGUAUACGGUGGAGGAGCUGCGGAAGUAGCAUGCUCGCUUGCAGUUGAGGAUGCCGCAGUCAAGAGCCCUGGCCUUGAGCAAUACGCCAUGCGCGCCUUCGCCGAUGCCCUUGACGCCGUCCCCAUGGCGCUGGCUGAGAACUCCGGUCUUAGCCCCAUCGAAACUCUCGCUAACAUCAAGUCCCGACAAGCCAAGGAAGGAAACACCAGGUUAGGUGUUGACUGCAUGCAGACGGGAAGCAACGAUAUGAAGGAGCACUUCGUGAUCGAUCCCUUGAUCUCGAAGCGGCAACAACUGUUGCUCGCUACACAGCUGUGCCGUAUGGUACUCAAGGUCAACAACGUCAUCAUCGCUGGAAACGACGACCAGGACUUCUAGACGCCGAUCAAGUCACCACGCCGUACCUAUCACACCGAUUGAUCUGUGCCUUGUGUUUGUGACUGUGCCUGUGCUUGAUCGUGGGCGCAUCGAGCGAGGCGCAAGGGCACGUUGGAUGGAAACGUCUAGAAGCCAUGUCUAAGGCGUUAAUACCCAUAGACUAUUCAAAGUAAAAUCAAUACAAGCAUCUUGGUGCUAUCAUGUGGCUCUUGCGUAGCAUCCAGAGUGGUGAUGAAUGUGCACCGUCACGGUCCUGAUGGCUGAUGUCGACGUAGAUUGUGUCGCGAUCAUCACUGCCUUGAACAUUUAGUCACACUAGUGGUGCGUUUCAUGUCUGCAUCACACUGUUCCUCC